GCAGACAUCACAGGUGCCUUGUUAGAUGUUGACGGUUUGUUUAUCACGUAAGUGGCUGUUAUUUCUUUGAAAGCAGCCUUUAAAGACAACUUGGAUUUGGUUAGCAUUUACAGCUGUGUGCUUUACAAUGUUCCUGUACUGGAGGAAACGGGGAGCUUAUGAGCUCGAGUCCCUCCCAUCCUCUCUGACAGAGUUAGGGGUGGAACGGUACUCGUGGUCUUCCUCUCUGGAUGUUAUCUAUGAUGUCUAUGAUGAGAAGGCCGCUCAGGAAGAGGAAUGCAUGAUGUGUCAGCAUCCAGACUGCAUGGACCACCGUCACGCCACAAAGGUGUGUCAUCAUCCAGACUGUCAGGAAGUGAACAAUAAAUCCCCUCUUUACCUGUGUGAGUCAUGCGAUUCUCGCUGUCACCUGGAUGAGACUGACAAUAUGCACUUUGACCGGCAUCCACGCUUUGACGUACAGCCACAAGGUUCCAUCCUGGCGCGAAAUGUGUCCACGCGGUCCUGUCCCCCCCGCACCAGUCCCCCUUCAGACCUGGAGGAAGAUGAAGAAGGAACCAGUGAACGAGUGGAACGCAAGACAGGAGGACUGAAGAUGAAAGGAAAAGAGGGAAAGAAGCCCAGACGACGCAAUACUGAUGACCCAAGGAAGGAAUGCUUCACGCUUAAGUUUGACCUGAACAUUGAUAUUGACACAGAGAUCGUUCCUGCAGUGAAAAAGAAGACGCUACGAGAGGUUCUCGCACCAAUUUUUGAACGGAAGGGCAUCGAAUUUUCCCGGGUUGAUCUGUUUUUGGACCAAUCAAACACUCCGCUCUCGCUCCACUUUGAAGCAUAUCGUUUUGGGGGACAUUACCUCAAAGUGAAAGCUCGACCCGGUGAUGAGUUAAAGGUAGAGCAAAGCGUGAAAGAUUUCCGCUCUCUCAGUCUACCCAACAUGAAGCCGACAGUAGGUGGCAGUCUCUACAUCCUCACACCAGGCAGUGAGAGGACUGAACACGGGUCACUGUCACGGCGAGAGAGCAUGGACAUACUGGGUCAAGCCCGACGGCGGAAAAACAUGACCGAGUUCCUGGGUGAUGCAAACAUCCGAUGCCCUGAUACUCAGGCCACGCUGAGCGGGUCGCUGCCAAGCGUCGCUCCCGGAGGGUCUCUGUCAGGUGUGGGUAACGGACCCGACAACUGGAAGAACCGUGCCUCCAGUCGGAUCAGUGUGUUUUUUGGUGCUGGAUCUGGAAAGGAGGUGGACCGCGUGGAGUUUCUUCAUACUAAGUUGGAUGCGUACAAACUGUUUGGUUUGCCCAAGGUUCCCUCUCAGCUCGCCUUUCAUCAGGACUCCUGGGAGGAGGAAGAGGAGGAACCAAACCUGACGAUGGAGGACAGCUGGAGACAACUACUGGAUGACCCAGAGAGUUUAGGUCGUCGUCAGUUUCAGCAACAAGAGGCGGUAUGGGAACUGAUCCAAACAGAGGCUACGUAUAUCAAGAAACUCAGUGUCAUUACUGAUCUCUUCAUGUGUGGCCUGCUGAAUCUACAGGACAACAGUCUGCUGUGUGAGGUGGAGACUUCGCGCCUCUUCAGCAACAUCCACGACAUCGUACGUCUGCACAAAACAUUUUGGGUACAGGUGAUGUUUCCAGUUCUGGACAAGGCACGGCGGACACGAAGCCUGAUCGACCCCACGGACCUGCAGGAGGGGUUCAGUACGUUUGCAUCCAGAUUUCAGCCGUAUGUCCGGUACUGUAUGGAGGAAGAGAGCUCUUUGGAGUACAUGCGUUCCCUGCUGAGAGAGAAUGAACUUUUUAAGAUCUACAUCACGUGGGCCGAAACAAAUGAGCAGUGCAAUCGUCUGAAGCUGGCGGACAUGCUGGCCAAACCUCACCAGAGACUCACAAAGUAUCCUCUGCUCCUAAAAACGAUUCUGAAGAAAACUGAUGAUCAAACCACCAAAGAUGCCCUAAACAGCAUGGUGUCGUGUGUGGAGGGCUUCAUUUACGGUGUGGACUCUCAAAUGCGUCAGAGACAGGAGAAGCAGAAACUGGCGGCCAUUUCGGCUCGAGUGGAGUCGUACGAGGCUGUGGAGGGAGCGAGUGAGGAGGUGGAGAGGGCUCUUAAGGAGUUUAAUCGCUUUGACCUGAUGGCACCUAUGAUUGACACAUCACCUGAAGAGACGAGACAACUUCACCUGGAGGGGGCGCUCCGCAUGAAAGACGGCAAAGAUGGCAGGAUGGACGUUCAUUGCUUCCUGUUCACUGAUUUGCUGUUGAUCACGAAACCGGUGAAGCGUUUAGAGAAGGUGAAGGUCAUCAGACAGCCUCUUCUGCUUCAUAACAUCGUGUGUAAGGAGCUAAAAGACCCAGGCUCAUUUGUGCUCAUCUACCUCAAUGAGUUCAAGAACGCUGUGGCCGCGUACUCAUUCCAGGCCAACAGCGCCCCCCAGGAACGGAGCUGGACUGACGCUAUCUGCAAUGUCCAGAAUCAGCUGCAUCGGUUGCGCUCUGAAGAAGCGAAACGUCAGAAAGCUUGUCUGAAAAAGAAGAUCGAGGAACAUCAGGAAGACGAAGAGAGCUGUAACUCCACCACCAGCUCACCACAUCUCAGACACAAAGAUCACAACAACAGCCAAUCAGAUGGCUCCACUGAAACCCUCUCGGUGAUGGAUAUGGAUGAGUCUGGAUCUUCUCUAGAUCCCUCCACCAUGCAAGCUGACCAAGGUGAGACUCCAGAACCUGAAGCCGAUCUGUCCUCUCAUCCACAGCAGAACGCCGAAUUUGAGCCGCAUCCGGACGGUCAGGAUGGAUCAGACCUAGACCCACAAUGCUGGUCGAUGUCAAUGGACAGCGCCUAUGGCACACUCUCACCCGAGUCCACGUUGGAAGUGCAGGGCCGAGUGGUUGCAGUCGAAGAAGAGGAUUCGGAGGAGGACAAGGGGAACACGACAGCAGAAGAUGAGGAGCAGGAGAAUGUGGACAAGGAUGACGAUGAAGACGACAGAAGCUCAUUCGGUUCUCAAAACUCAGUGGCAGAUUCUCUUAAACUCAAGCGACAACCGCCAGUCCGGUGUCGUCUGCCCUUUCUGCAGAGACUCGCCAUCAAAUGCCUCUCGGAGGACAACCUGCUCUCCUCCUUUCAGCACAGUAACCAUGGUGUUACCAGGGCAGCGACCGACUGCACCGGAAUUCAGCGGAAAAGGGUGAAAUGUUUAGAGGGCGUGCCGCUCAGUAGGAGCCUGUCGGAGCUCAACAGUGCUGAAUCGGACGAAUCUCUACCGACGGAUGGAGAGACCGAUGAAAGCGACAAACUUAUGCGUAGCUUACCCACUGUCAUGCUUUUGGACACACUAAAAAAAGCUAAAAUAGCACAUGAGGCUGGUGGUGUUCACUGCAGUGCGUCUGAUGGGGAGAUAUCGCCCCCUAGUGGUUUGGAGAGAAUGGGCCGCAGUAAAGGACCCAAUCACAAAAAACUCACACGGAAACAGCUUUACAGGAUACGGACCGCACUGGUGCUCAACUCGACACUGACAGCUUCAGAAGUGUAGCAUCUUUCUAUCACAAACUGAGUUUGAGGUAAACCUGGUGGGACUCAAUUCUGCAAGACGCCAAUGCACUCGAACCGCUGAACUCUCUGAUUGCCCUCUCCGUUCCCUCUUCAAGUCGGCAUGGGUGUCCUAAUGUGUCCCUUUCCCCCCCAAAAACUGCGUAGCUUUACUGUCCUUUCGUCGACAGGAGGGGCAGAUGACAGACUUAUUAACUUGUUGCACUUUGUAAUACACAACUUUAAAGGAGGUCAAAGCUUUCAGUGGAACUCUAGGGAACAAAAGUGUGACCAGAACCUUUACCCCGGGACAUUUGAGGUAAAGACGGGUCAUUUCGGUGGAUCGGAAUCCACUGAAUAUGAGGAAAAAUUGGUGUACGUUGAAUUCCCGAAACACUGCACUACUGCGCGUGUGUGAUUGUGUGUGUGUGUGUGUGUGUGUGACUGAGUGAAUGAUCCUGAACCAAAAUAAUCACUGUCUUUACAUUCAGAUAUCUUGAGUAGCAACUAAAGCACGUUACAGAUAUACGUUUGGACCAGUGUUACUUUAAUAUCGCUGUCAUGCUACUGCUUACACAAUCACAAACCCUUAUUUAGGCUAUAGAUCAUUUACUGUAUACAUGUCGUGUGGGUCAAGUUUAAAUAACUGUAUUGUCAGAAGCAUCUGAGAUCAGUUUAGGAAACCUAAUCUAUAGGUUGUAUUCAUAAUAGAAAUGAAUAUUACAUCUGUGAAAAGCGCUAAAGACCAUCUGCUGUGGUAUCUGUCUCGAGUCCGAGGUGCUGAUCUCAGUGCAGUAUUCUGGUUUGUUACGUUUGAGGGUUCAGGGAAAGCUGUCUGACCCUAGAUCAGCACUUCAAGAGCUUUUACAUAACACUGAACAUUAUAAGGGUUUGUAUGUGAAAGCUUCUGUAAGCUUUCAUAUAUUAACGUAUGAGUUAUUUUUUUUGUAAAUGUAUGAUCACACAGACACUGCUGUUACCAGAAAAGGUAAACUGAAUUUGUCUGCUCUUCUGAAAUCUCCUUUUUGAAAGAUAAAACUGCCCAAAGUAAAUAAUAUGGUGUAUUAUAUGUUUACUUAUUAGGGUUCUUGUGUUUGUUAUAUUUAUUGAGCUUGCAUUGUUUUAUAUAUAAAUAUGGUCUUUAAUAGUAUUUCAGUUCACUGUAUUGUUUUGUUGUCAUUUGUCGAAUUGAUUUUGAAAUGCUAAGAACCAAAAUAACAUUGUUUCCCCUAUGUGAGGACGUGUUCCUUUAAUGUCUUUAAAAAUAAAAGACGUCUUUCUGAAUCUAAAA